UGAGAGUUCAGGAUGGAGCAUCAGGCGAUACCAACGAGAUCAUUUCAGCGACUCCUGCUUGCGCUUGAUACAUUACAGUGCUCGUUCAUGGGCAAAACUCUGAGCGAUGAGCCCAGAGAUAUACCGAGAGGGAAGGGAGGUCCCCGAGCCCUGGUGAUAACUAUUGCAUGAAAUGCA